AUGGCUACGGCAAUCGCCCUCCUUCUGGCUGUGCUGGCCGUCCAGCAUGGGCUGAAGCAUGACCACCAGAUAGAUGUGGCCGCGACCGAGAGGAUGCAGCAGCGUGAGGAGUAUCUCCAGCAGGAGAUGACUCGGCUGCUGCAGGAGGUCGAGCAGAGCAGGAGCGCCGAGGGAGCCACGCUCCUUUCCAUCUUGCAGCAGUGGCCGUUGUGGACCGUCGCAGGAGCCCUGGUCCUGCUCGCUGAGGUCUGCUGGCUGGCCAGGGAAAUGAAGCUUGCCUCUGGCAGCUGCAGUGAGGAGGACAGCUCCAGCAGCGAGGAGGAGGACGACGACAAGGAUGAGGGAGACUGCCAUGGCCUCAGGUCUUUGGCUGUGUCCACCCCGUUGCCGAUGCAGGGCCUGCCCGACAUGUGCAAGGUGCUGAAGGAGCUGGUGGGUGACCUCCUCGGUGUCUGCCGCGUGCUCUCCAAGAAGACCUUCAUGCCGCAGAUGCACCCGGCUGUCGGGAUGGACGGCGCCUAUGAAACCUGGCACGUCCAUGAGAACAGCAUUGCCUACCGCCUGCUGGUGUUCCUGCAGCCACCCCCCGGGCACUCUUUCCACCUGGAGCUGGACACCACGGGGCAGCUGCCAGCAAGGCACUCCAGCAUCCAUGUGCUGCUGGAGUGCAUGUGCUCGAGGGAGCGGCUGCUGGGGGAUAUUUUGUGCUUUCUGCACCACCCCAACGACUGGCUGCCGAGGGAUCAGAACUCGUGCCUCCUACGCGCCCUCUGCACACGCUCCUACUUGGACGUGGAGAAAAUCGCCUGCUGGGUCCAACUGCUGGUGAGAUCAGCCUGGCUGCUUUUGCCUCAGUCGCACCACUGCCAGCUGAUGGUGCUGCCUUCCUCCCAGUCCUGCAAGUUCCAGCUGAGAACCACCUCCAGGCUGGACAUCUGCACUGAGAUGAUUUUUGCGGUGCAGCAAGGCAGCUCAGGCGCCUACCUGAGCCUUGAGUAG